AUGGUUGCAGAAAAAAUUAAAGUAGCUAACCCUAUCGUGGAGAUGGAUGGUGAUGAACAAACAAGAAUCAUCUGGCAAUUAAUUAGAGAAAAAUUGAUUCUACCAUUCUUAGAUGUUGAUUUAAAAUAUUAUGAUUUAUCAAUUCAAUAUCGUGAUGAAACAAAUGAUCAAGUAACUGUUGAUUCUGCAGAAGCAACAUUAAAAUAUGGUGUUGCAGUUAAAUGUGCUACAAUUACGCCUGAUGAAGCUCGUGUUAAAGAAUUUAAUUUGAAAAAAAUGUGGAAAUCUCCAAAUGGUACUAUUAGAAAUAUUCUUGGUGGUACAAUUUUUAGAGAACCUAUUGUUAUUCCAACUGUUCCAAGAUUAAUCCCACAAUGGGAAAGUCCAAUUAUUAUUGGUAGACAUGGUUUUGGUGAUCAAUAUUGUGCUACUGAUGUAGUGAUCCCAAAUAAUGGUAAAUUAAAAUUAAUAUUUGAAUCCGAUGUUUCACCUGAUCAAAAUAUGGAUUUACAAGUUUAUGAUUAUCCAAAGGAUGGUGGUGUUGCAAUGGUUAUGUAUAAUACAAAAGAAUCUAUCGAAGGUUUCGCUCAUGCUUCAUUUAAGAUGGCCCUUAAUAGAAAACUACCAUUAUAUUCAACAACUAAAAAUACUAUAUUGAAAAGAUAUGAUGGACAAUUUAAGGAUAUCUUUGAAUCUCUAUAUGAAUCUACUUAUAAGAAAGAAUUUGAAAAAGUAGGGAUCUGGUAUGAACAUAGAUUGAUCGAUGAUAUGGUCGCUCAAAUGAUUAAAUCAAAGGGUGGCUUUAUCAUUGCUAUGAAAAAUUAUGAUGGUGAUGUUCAAUCUGAUAUUGUAGCUCAAGGGUUUGGUUCCCUGGGUUUAAUGACUUCAGUAUUAAUCUCUCCAGAUGGUAAGACUUUUGAAAGUGAAGCUGCACAUGGUACUGUGACAAGACAUUACAGACAGCAUCAACAAGGAAAAGAAACUUCAACAAACUCUAUUGCAUCUAUCUUUGCAUGGACUAGAGGUAUCAUCCAAAGAGGUAAAGUCGAUGGAACACCACAAGUCAUCGCAUUUGGUGAAACUUUAGAAAAAGCUACAAUUGAUACUGUACAACUUGACGGAAUCAUGACCAAAGAUUUAGCUUUGAAUAUGGGUAAGACUGAAAGAUCAGCUUAUGUUACCACUGAAGAGUUUAUUGAAGCUGUGUCUAAGAGAUUGGUAGCCGAAAUGGCAUAA